CUUCAUGCUGUCAUUUCCCCUCCCCAACUAAGCAACAAACCACCUUUAUCCAGCCCCUUGGUGUAGCACUUGCAGGGACCCUCUAGGGCAGCCCAGUUUCUUUUUGUUUGUGUUGUGCUGGGGGCUGUUGUGUAACACUGGACUGUUGCAAGAUAUAGUUUCUGAAGUGACUUUAGGAACAAGGCAGCUUUUACAAUCUUAGGUGGAGGAGCUGGGGCUAGAUUUCACUGGGCUUUGGGUGACGGGAGAGAGAGUGUGUCAGUUGAGCCUGGGCUGGCAAGGGAGAUGGCAGGACUGAAGGCAUACAGCAUUUUGAUAACUGGAUCCAACCGAGGCCUUGGCUUGGGGCUGGUUAAACAGCUGGUUGGGCAAUGCAAUCGGCCAGAAUGGAUCUUCUCCACUUGCCGGGAUCGAGGCGGACCAGGUGCCCAGGAGUUGAAGAAUUUGGCAGCCAAACAUAAUGGAAUUGAGAUAAUUUCAUUGGACACUUCUGACCCAUCCAGCAUUGGGGCUGCUGCAACCAGAGUCACCGAGCGACUGAAAGGAGCUGGGUUGAAUCUGCUGAUAAACAAUGCAGCGAUUUUAAAGCUAAACACUCUGGAAUCUGAGACACCAGGUGACAUGUCUGAGCUGUACAAGACCAACGUGAUUGGGCCAUUGGUGAUGAGCCAGGCGUUCCUGCCCUUGCUGAGGAAGGCAGCUCAGGAAAGCACCCAGAAAGGAAUGAGCUGCAGCAAAGCAGCCAUUAUCAACAUAUCCAGUGAAAACGGCUCCAUCACAAAUGUUUUUGCAUGGUCUUUGGCUCAAACCAUCUCUUACCGUUGCAGCAAGGCAGCUCUGAACAUGCUCACACGGUGCCAGUCCCUGGGAUUUGCUGAAGAUGAGAUCCUGUGCGUUGCAUUGCAUCCUGGAUGGGUGCAGACAGAAAUGGGGGGCAAUUUCGCCCCACAGAGUGUAGACCCAACUGCCCGAGACAUCAUGAACACUCUGGCCCAUCUCUCUGAGAAAGACAAUGGGACAUUUAUGAACUGGGAAGGGGAAGCCCUCCCCUGGUGAGGCACCCAUAGAUGCCUGCUGGCCUGAACUGUUAGACACUGUGUGAAUUGUGCCUUUCAUUAAACAUGCUAUGUUCUGCUGGAAA